CAAGGACAUAUGGGAGAAGGCGAGGUCAGUCUUCACUGUUUCCAAUGGAAGAUGGAUUCUUGGAUGAUGGACGUGGGGAUCAGACUCUUCACAGUGGUUUAGGAUCCCCUCACUGCUUUUCCCAUCAGAACGGAGAAAGAGUGGAACGGUAUUCCCGGAAAGUCUUUGUCGGCGGGCUGCCCCCAGACAUUGAUGAAGAUGAGAUCACUGCUAGUUUUCGUCGCUUUGGACCUUUGAUUGUAGACUGGCCUCACAAGGCAGAGAGCAAAUCUUAUUUUCCUCCUAAAGGAUACGCAUUUUUGCUGUUCCAAGAUGAAAGCUCUGUACAGGCCCUGAUCGAUGCGUGUAUUGAAGAAGAUGGAAAGCUCUAUCUUUGUGUUUCCAGCCCCACUAUUAAAGACAAACCGGUUCAGAUCCGGCCUUGGAACCUUAGUGAUAGUGAUUUUGUUAUGGAUGGUUCACAGCCUCUUGACCCACGAAAAACCAUUUUUGUUGGUGGUGUUCCUCGGCCUUUACGAGCAGUGGAACUUGCCAUGAUAAUGGAUCGGCUGUAUGGAGGCGUGUGCUAUGCUGGAAUUGACACAGACCCUGAGCUGAAGUACCCAAAAGGAGCUGGGCGGGUUGCGUUUUCUAAUCAACAGAGUUACAUAGCUGCUAUCAGCGCUCGCUUUGUUCAGCUGCAGCAUGGAGAGAUAGAUAAACGGGUGGAAGUUAAGCCAUAUGUCUUGGAUGAUCAGCUUUGUGAUGAAUGUCAGGGGGCCCGUUGCGGUGGGAAAUUUGCUCCGUUUUUCUGUGCUAAUGUUACCUGUCUGCAGUAUUACUGUGAAUAUUGCUGGGCUGCUAUCCAUUCACGCGCUGGCAGGGAAUUCCACAAGCCCCUGGUGAAGGAGGGAGGAGAUCGCCCGAGACAUAUUUCAUUCCGCUGGAACUAAACGAUCACUGCAGUGCUCAUAUGCAGGCCUCAAAUUAAGUGCACUCUUCUGUUCUCCUGAUUGUCCCUACCCCACCCUCCCCUUCCUCUUACUCAAGAUAGCAUGUCCUUUUGUAGUAGUCUGUAAUUUAACGAUAGUAUAAUGAAAGAAUGACCUAUAAUAUGGGUAUUUUGUAGAAUCUUGUCAUUGAAAACUGUAUUGGGAACUCCUUUUCGUAUCGAUAACAUGUUGCAAGUGAGUUGCAUUCUCUUGUUUUUACUACCGAGAGAACACUUAAUUUCAUGCAACGUUUUUCUUAGAGGAGAGAAAAAUAUUAAGAAAAGAGGACUGAAACAAUAGAGUAUUUUGUUUUUUUAAUUAAAUUAUUGUUAAUAAAGAACUUAAGAAUACUUUUAUUAAAAUAACCGUGUAACAAUAACACUAUCAGUCUCUUCUGACACUUUUCCCCCGGGGAAGCCUGUUUUUGCCUCUCUUUUUGUUUUGACUUCGGAUUUUUCCAGCAACAGAUGAAGUUAGCAUUUACCUACCAACAGGAAAGAGCAUGUUUAAAGCAACGAAAAUGCAUGAGCAAAGUUGAAGCAGCAUUAUAAUGAUGAUCUUUUUAAAAAUCUGUUAAGGGGUUUGAGG